AUGUCCUCCGAAAUGAAAGGAGGCUCACCAACUGACUUUGAGUUGCUCACUGGAUCAACGAUCAUGCUUCCUCGUAGAGCUAACACUAGGAAUGUGAAUGCCAAGAAUACAAAUGUGUCUCCUCCAGUCCCAGAUCAGGAAGUCCCCAAUGCUGAUUUCAGGAAUGUCAUACAGAUGUUGGCUCAGAGUAUGACCAACCAGAUCAAUCGGGUUCAUGCUUCUGUGGAUGCAAAUAGUGGAUCAGCAGCAGCAAUGGUUCAGGGUGAUAAACUUAGGGAACAACCCAAGGAUAAUAAGAAGGAUAGGACUGGGAACUAUGACUAUUCUCAGCAAAAAUCGGGUGAUGAAAAUUGCUCGCAGAGUCAGCAGAAGUUUUCAGCUCCAACCUCUUCAUCAGCUAGUGUUCCAUUAUCCAAGAACAGGUAUGACCAGAAGGUUAGAGCACCAAGCUCUAAGUCUCAGGGAAGUGUUGUAGGAACGAAGACUUACCCCACUUGCCCUAAGUGUGGUAAGAACCAUCCGAGCGAGUGUCUCGCAGGAAAAGAAAGAUGCUUUGGGUGCGGUCAGUCUGGUCAUAGGUUGAAGGAUUGUCCUUCUAGAAAGGUUCAAGGAGGUGGCAAUGGUAGAGAUCAGUCUAAAACUUCAUCAGCACCAGCAAGUCGCCCAACUUAG